GGAAAUUAUGCAUGCGUUAGGCAAGCUCUGAGAGAAUGGCUGUGGAAGCUCUCCACUGCAGUUUGAGUCCACGUGGUAUCGAUCACUCUGCCCGUGCCGAGAGUAUCAAAUUGCAAAUUGAAGGUAAAGGUGUUGAAUCUCAAUCCAUUGAAAACAAAAAGAUCCAGAAAGUGCUAGACCAAAAAGGAACCCCAACACGGCUGCAGGCAGACGCAGAGAUGGCUAAGUCUGCUACGGUGAAGCUGUCAAAACCAGUGGCACUGUGGACCCAGCAGGAUGUCUGCAAGUGGCUGAAGAAACAUUGUCCAAAUCAGUAUCAAAUCUACAGUGAGUCAUUCAAACAGCAUGACAUAACUGGGCGAGCCCUGCUGAGACUGACUGACAAAAAACUCGAGCGGAUGGGGAUUGGCCAGGAGAACCUCCGCCAGCACAUCUUACAACAGGUGCUCCAGCUGAAGGUGCGAGAAGAAGUCAGAAACCUGCAGUUACUCACACAAGCCUCAGCCGAGGGGUCUCCGUAAACACGGCGAGCCUUCUAAGCUGCUGUCCUGCCAGUUGAUAUGGAAAUGUCUCGUUCCUCACUGAACGAUAAACUCUUGACACUGCCCAAAGUGAUCCUUGGAGCACAUUGACACAUUAACCGGACUAACUGAAAAAAGACUCCCAUUCGGUCAAAAGGAUGGACUUUUGGUAAAAAUAGUAGUUUGCUGAGGCUUUUUAAAUGAGGUGCGUACGAUCCAGGGCCAACCUGCUCCAAGGAGUCGUCGGCAGACCAUUAGCUGGAAGAUUGCUUCCAGUUCUCAUCACUGUGCAUCACUCCAGUUCCCUCCGGGGCUCCGUCUGUGCCCUUCAGUACAAGUCCUGUCUGAGCAUGGCCACUCCUGGAUUAUUUUAUUAUGUGUGCAGAUGGCAUGAUGUUUUAGAAAAAAUAAGUACCGCAGUUCUGCGAUCUCAGUGGAAGUGUUCACAAUAUUAUGCCCUGGUAGGAAUGUAAACAUGUCUCGAUUGUGUAAGUUAUGAUGUCUAGAGAUACUCUGUCCAACUCCUUAAGCACUUUAUGUGAGAACACUCCAUGGAUGAAUUAGCACGUUCCGUACAUGUGAGAAAACAAGCCUUUUCUUUCUUUCUUCUUUUAAAUCUUGUCCGACUUCUGGCUCAGACUGUCCAAAACAAACCCCAUGACUAGCCACAGCCCUGUCGUCUGUGCUAGGUUAUGUAGAUACGGCCACAAUACUGUUAGACUUCACCUCUUGAUACUUUACUGAAGAACUGGAUUCCUUGUAUCACCAAGGGGCCGUAGAAGUGGGUCUGGUGGUUUCCAUCCCUUAGCCCUUGGUUCCUGGUACCUGUAAACCCCACCACAACCCCUGUGUCAUAAAAAUACUCAAACACAUGGGGCUUCUCUUUGGCCAAUGCACACAUUCUCUCUUUCUACAACAGAGUUAUUUCUGAGGGCCAAAGGGGUAGCCUUCUUUUGGCCGCUAGACAAAAGGCUGGAGGUCCAAGCCCACCCAGGGGUACCUCAGAAGAAAGGCCUGGCAACCCAUUUCCAGAAAACUAGCACAUUUUUCUACUCUGGUACCCAGGAAAUGGGGGGCUGGGGGGUUGCCAGGAGUCAGAGUCAGCUUGACAGCACCUGGCUUCCUUCAUUCCAAGACCAUCGUAAGUAGGUAGGUGGUAAAGGCAACAAGAUGAAGUUUCCCUGCAGGGUUUGACUCUGACGCUGUGGAGAGAAUUUUAGGUCAAGUUUAGAUCAUGACCCCAUGAAGGGAGAAAGCAGCAAGAGGCUCCACUGCACAUCCAGAGGAGGAAAGGGAUUCCAUUUGACCGUGGUUUCUCUCCUCGGUCUAAGCCCAACCAGGCUCCUGUUCGACCCACAAUGGAUUACUUUUAUAAUAGUCUUUCAAUAAAGCACAGUCUGGGA